AUGUGCGGGCACACAGAGUACCGAGGGGCUCGUUGCUGUCCACCCAUCGUCCACAAGAACAACAGACAUGAGCUCUGCAAGAAGACCCCGCAAUACCUUCAGAGUACGAAGAACGGAAUCUUCACACAAUGCAGAACGAAGAAGUUGGAGGCGAGCAUGGCCCGAAGUAGCAAACAACAUGGCAACAAGGACACAUGCCCCGGUUUGGCUAUCACAUCGAAGAACGAGAAGCCUUUUCAUCGCGGUCAUAUUCUGAGAGCCAACAACGGGGAGUUCGGUACAAAGAACCAGAAUGCGGAAGGGGCGGCCGAAGACUCGUCUACCAGAACUAAGCUUCCUAAUGAAGUGGAGGAUUUCCGAUGUCAAAUUGGCCUCAGUCAUCCCGGAAUCCCAUGUCAACGGGCAAAAGACCGAAACGACAAGUCUCCUCAUCAUGGCAAGACGACAAGCUCUGAACCUACUGCACGUGGGGGAGGAAGAGCUUUACUUCGGUUGAGAGGCAGCGCGAACCCAGCGCUCAGCAAAUGCGACCAAAGGCUCCCUAGACUGAGCCUGCCCAGAGACAAGAUCAAGACUAUCACGGGUGCGGAACGCGGAAAAGACGAACAAAAGGUGGCCUUGCAUGGACCGAGGGACUUGCCGACAACUCAUCGCACCAUCAGAGAGGACUGGAACCUCAUGACUGUUACCAAUCCUUUGCGUAGAGGCGAGGGAGGAAGGUUGCAUCUACGUGGACCGAAGCCCAUCCCGAGACCGAUCCCGAGACCGAUCCCAGCUGCCAAUAACUUUGGUGCUCGCCAACGCAAGGCCUUCGACCUCGAGCCUCUUAUCAGACAGGAAGUCAACCUCCCAGCAGAUCCAACCGCCCAAGAAGCAGGGCAGCGCAUCGGCCCGGACACAAUACCUCCCCUACCAAUCUCCUAUAAGCCGAUCCUCACUGGUCGGCACCCACUGCACCGCCCAUUACCGCCAAUUCCGGACGAGACCUACCCAAAGGAUGAUGCGGAGUGCCAACCACCUCCGGUUCCGCCGCACGUGGUGCUAUAUCGGAGGAAAGCUAUCGCCAUGCACGCCCACGACAACUUUGAGUCGCCGGUCGAACGGUGCACAUCGGCUCCGGACGCUCCGACAGGCACCUAUUUCGGCCGAGAAACUUUGCAUUCUGGCUGGCAGCCUGCUAGAGCUGACACUGUUUGCAGCUCAUACUCGGAUCGAUACCCGGCAUCCUGAUUAGUUGUCCAGCCAGUGUUCUGAUCGUUGCCGCAUAUUGU